UUACCUUUAUUGCUGACAAGGUACCCUACAAUAAUGACAACCGCAAUGUAGCCUAUAGAAUGAGAUGAAACAUAGCUCAAUUCAAAUGCUCAAGUGAUAGCCUAUGGAAAAAGCAUUGUGGAGAAACUGGACGCACGCACGCUGCAUCUUCAGAACCAAUGCUGUCCAACCUUCAAUAAAGUGUAUGUAACCGUAUCUACAUGGUGUCACCGGACGUGUUUGCACGAUAAUAAAGGCUGUAAACGUUCCUUGUGGAAUGCACCCGAGUCGGGGAAACGAUGGCCUUGAGAGUGUGGUCCAAGAUCUGCUGCAAGAGGUGGGCAGUGGGGGCCUUCCUCCUCCUCUUUACCCUGUCUGUGGUGGUGAUCAACACCCUCCCCUUCCCCCCCUCUAAGACACGCAGGCUGCCCUCACGAGGCCUGAGCUCUGCUGGAGCCGGAGUGUAUAGAGCGAGGGCUAGACCCAGGGAAAGGGCCACGUUGGCCACUCAUCACCACCACCAUCUUCCUCUACCCCUCAACGGUCACAGUGGAGGUUGGAAGCAGAGUGACAAAGUCAAAGAGUCCUCCAAGCAUCACCUGGUGAUGGACCAGCCCAAACAGGAUCGAAGAGCAGCUAGCAUGACAGAUGAGAGAACUCACAGCAAUAACAAGAAGAAGAAUCGUAAAACUAAGGGCAUCGCCUCCAAAAGGAAAGAGAAGAAAGAGAUUCCGCAAAGUUCUAGUAGAGACAAACAACAUAAUAUCCAGCCAUUGACAGUCAAUGCUCCGCUAAUAAGACAUGAUGGAAGCCAUCUAACCAACUGCAGUGGUUCAGAGCUCUCCACCCAGCCACCACCUCUUCCCAGACAAGAGAACCUCCACCCAGCCGUGCCCCAGACUGUAGCGCGUAGCCAGAGCCGCCCUUCUACUGCAGACCUUGGCCUGUCUGACUCUGAGCACAAAUGUACUCCAGAUGAACAGAGGCAGGACCAGGGGCAUACAGGGCAGGCAGGGAGGAAGGACCUAACCAAGCAGCAGGCUGUGAAAAAGGUCCCCAGAGAACUCAGGAAACAUGACAGACAGUCAGCAGAGGCCUCAGAGAGGAAGAGGCCCACUUCGUCUAGGCGUAAAGAGACCCGGUCCACAGCAGGAACAGCAGCAGAAGCAGAGAAAGGGAGAGAGGGGGAGGCCCACUGGUGUAAGAUGUCAGCUGGAGAGAGGGAGUUUCCAGACACUGACACACGGAGAAUAAGGACUGGGGACCCUGACUCCCUGCCAUGGCUCAGCAAGGACGAUAUUCACAAGAUGGAGUUCCUCUCAGGCAGCGAGGUUGUCAGUAAGGCCAGGAUCCCAGCCCACGGACAGGUCCUCCAUGUAGGGCUGGGUGCCCCUCAUCAUGCCCCUUCUCUUGGGGCUCCAUUGGCUGACCACAGUGGGCACUGCCAGCAGGGUCUGUGUGCCCUGAUCAAACGUCCAGACGACUGGUUCGAAGUCUUCGCCUUCCAUUUAGACCGUGUUCUCGGCUUGAACAGGAGUCUGCCCACAGUGUCCAGGGCCUUCCACAGUGACAUCCUGCCUUAUAAAUACACCAGAGGGGCAGCCAGACCCGUGGUGUGGUGGGACCCAGGCAUCCAGCACCUGGCUGAUGAUGACAAUGACCAGAACUCGUUCCCUCUCACCUGGCCCCAGUACCAGAGCCUGCUGAGGGCCAGGUGUGGCAGCAGCAGCGGGGUGGCCCUCAACGAGACCCCCUGUGUGGGGGUUCACCAUGCGGAGUGGGGGCGCCUGGCACUCUUUGACUUCCUCCUACAGGUGAAUGAUCGUCUGGACCGGUACUGCUGCGGUUUCCAGCCUGACCCAACAGAACCAUGUGUGGAGAACCUGCUACAUACCAAGUGCAGGAACCCGAAGGAUCUAGUGCUGGUGCACAUCCUGGUGAGGAGGGUAGAGCCUACCAGACUGGUGUUCAUAGACAAUGCAGGCAGACCAAAUCAUCCCCAUGACAACCUCAACUUCCACUUAGUAGAGGGCAUUGAUGAGUUUCCAGAGAGAGCCGUAUCGGUUCUCCAGUCUGGCUGCUUGGAGAGCAUGCUCCUGAGCUCCCUGUAUAUGGACAAGGAAUUCUGGGAGAGCCGAGGGGGGGCACGUGGCCUGAAACCUCUCAUCCACACUGUUGAGCAGAGAGGGAGGAUUCUGCUGCAGCACAUCCACGACAAGAGACUGAGACUGAACAGGGAUCUGUGAAUCCAAUGGCCACAUGCACCCAGCAGUACAUUCAUUUCAUCCAGGCAGGGGGUGCCUGCGACAGACGUGGAAGCCUCCUCAAGGUCCCGGGCAGCCUAAAGACACAAAAUGUGUCUCAAAUGACACCCUAUUCCCUAUAUAGUGCACUACUUAUGACCACAGCCCUUCAUUGUCUAUGAACACCCUAUGGGCCCUGGUCAAAAGUAGUGCACUGUAUAGGGAAAAGGGUGCUAUUUGGCCCGCAGAUACGGUAUGCCCGUUCCAUGCUGGUUGUGGUUCCCAUCCAUGUUGUAUCCAUACAUCUUGCCAACAUACCUCAAGCCAAGCAAAUUAUGCCUGUUUUUGUGAGUUUUGUAUUUUCAAAUAAAAAAUUGCAGAUUGAACGAUUUAUUUAAUGUCUGUUUUAUGAGAUAAGCGUUUGGCUGUAAUUUUAAGAUUAAAUAUUUUAGAUCCAGGAGUCUUGUCGGUGAGAAAAUCCCAAUCCACAUGUAUUUUUCUCCAUAUCUUUUAUAAAAUUGUGCUCCUAAGACAAUGAUGAGGAAACCCUCUCAAUUUAGUAAAAGGAACACUAUUGUUAUUAUUAUUAUUAUUGCUGAACAUUGGACUUAUUGCCUAUGUUCCAGGACAUUUAGACAAUGAUGACUCUACGCCAAUUAAUGAACAAUGGACAAAAUAUAUUGAAGUGCCCUACAGACUGGGGUUGCUUUCUUUUGGGGCUAGAACACAUUCCAUUCCUAUGGGAGAAACUGUUUAGGAUAGAUGGCCAGUCCCAUAGGCUUCCACACAAUUCCUUUAUUUAAAAUGGUUUUCUAUGUUUAAGGUAAUUUAGACCAUAUUGCUAAUAAUAAUGGGGAUAUUUGACUGUUUAGGCUUUUUUCUUCUUCUGGGUGGGGAACGACCAAUGGGUGGGUUUCCCUGUGGGUCCUGCUUUUUGUUUCACAUCCAUGUGCUUAUUAACACUAAAGUUAACAAUUACAUGAUUAAUACUACAUUAUUAUUUUGGCAAUGCUAGCUAUUUUCUCUUGGAAUUUUAAAGGCCUAAACUCACCUAUUAAAUGUUCCACCUGUCUUGAUAUCCUAGCAAGAAACCGUAAUGGUAUAGCAAUGUUCCAAGAAAUAUCUCAUUUACAUAAGUAUUCACACCCCUAAGUCAAUACAUGUUAA